UUCUCUUCGCAGUGGAGAAUUUAGUUUGAUUGACAGUUAUGCCGGUGGUGGAAGGACCAAUUAGGAAAACUUCUGUCUCUUUCCAGGUGGGACUUCAUACGUGUAAUGUAGCAGGCGGUGCAUUUGUUACUAGUCUGCUGCCCAGAACACCUGUUAGUACCUGGGAAGCAAUGAGAAACCAGGGUUAACCUGCAGUGGACGCAUAACAAAUCCUGUAUAAGGGAUCAGCUAAAUGACUCAGAUAAAUGAUUAACAAAGGGAAGAUUAGUUGCUGACAUUAGUUAUCAGUAGGGAGUGAGGUAUUAUUAUAUCUGACUUUCAAAAAACAGGAAACUUUAAACACCGGACUGCUGCCUCGGUAAAGGAUUACUCUUGAUUUAUUUUUGUAGAUCUGCAGAUUUAAUGCAUCUAUAGUGUAGUUCAGAAUGAUGUUUGAGAAAUAGGAAUUAAAGUAAGCUACGUGAACGAAAUCUUACUAUAUGAAGGACCAUUGGAACCUGGCAAUUUAUAUAAAUAUAAAAAAAGUUUAUAUUUCUUUAGGAUCAAUCUAUAGGCUAUCCUCUUACUAGAGCUGCUAGGGGCAUGCUUCACCAUAAUCCUUUCUAUAAGAAUCCCUUUUGCUCCAUUAUCUCAAGAAGCAGCUUCCACUACUGCAUCACCAAAGCUUACUAAAACAACUUGUUGCAGAAUAAUUUUCAUUAGUAACCACUACUACUUGUUUCACUAUGAGGAGAAAGACACCUUCUUUCAUCACCAACUAAUCAAGAGUGGCAUUACUACAACAAAAUCUUUAAGGGCUUACAGAGAAGCAUGAUGCUAUCAACAUUUUACAUGAACUACCAGAAAUACACCCAAUGCUAAAUUCCAGAGACACCCUUUACAAAAAUCCUUUCAUUAACAGAGUCAUCCUCUAUUACAUUUUAACUUUGGACUAUUGUAGACCCCUUAUUUAUUAUCACCAAGACUACUAGAAGCAUUUGUACACCAAAAGUCUCAAGAACAAAAGGAAUUGAGUCAUAACCUAGGGUUUCUGAAAAUAAGAGACUCUUGUCCCUCCUGCACUAAAGGAAAUAUUAGGAAACUAAAAACUUUGGUAGUCUGCAGUGAUCCACAGUCUUUUCAUGGCUCGCCAAGAUCUUAUGUGUAGUGUUCCUGAUGAUGAAAUGUUUGCAUCUUUACGCAAGCAAUGUCUAGCAGAAGAAGGAUGGAUUUGUUCGUACAACAAAAGGGGUAUGUGUGUGUGGAUGAAACCCGAAGAUAAAUCUUCAGGCUAUGGGACCGUACACACAGUUAAGAGCCGCUUGACCUUACCAGAUGUGUCCGCUAGCACAGUAUUUGAUGUACUGCAUGACCUAAGUUAUAGGAAAAAUUGGGAUUUGAGCAUGAUUGAAACCUUUGAUAUUGCACGACUCUCUGCCAAUGUUGAUGUGGGAUAUUACGCUUGGAAAUGCCCUAAACCACUUAGGAAUCGUGACGUGGUAACGCUUCGUUCAUGGCUGAUUCUCCCUGAUUGUUACAUGAUUAUAAACUACUCAGUCAAACACAAAAUGUAUCCCCCAAGAAAGGAUCUGGUCAGAGCAGUAUCUCUCCAAGCCGGCUACCUUAUUGAGCACACUGGAUUGAACAGCUGCAGUCUCACAUACACAGCAAAGGUGGAUCCCAGAGGCUCUUUACCAAAAUGGAUGGUGAAUAAAGCAGCACAAUAUUUGGCUCCUAAGCUGAUGCGAAGUCUCUACAAGGCCUGUCAACGUUACCCACCUUGGAAGCUUAAGAAUCAACCUGACUAUAAACCAUGGCUAUACAUGGAGCAGAACACUUUGCCUCGAAUGCACCUGGGUGAGCUUACCUUGCAGAGAGCAGAGUCCCUGGAGGAAGUAGAUGAAAGUAAAGCAUCUGAAGUGAAAGAGGACAGUGAUGAGGACAAUUAGAGCACAAAAGGGGCAAUACUGAUGGAAAGGGGUAUUCGAUGACAAAGUAUUUAUUAACAAGUUACAUUUAAACCCCUAACAUGGUAACUUGGCCAUGCCUUUAUACCUGGCUCUGUUAAACAUCCAAGUACAUAAUGAGACUGAGAAUUAGUCAAACUUUUUAGAUCUCCAGAAAUAUUUUUGUUCCUAAUCGAUCAUUACCUAUGUAGCUUUUGUUUUCAUACUUUAUUUGAACCCAAUCUUAAGAUGUUGCCAGCAGCUUACUGCAUAUAUACAUAUUGCUUCUGUAUCUCAACUGUGCUUGAAUGAAUAGUUUAGUCAAAAUUAAACUUUCAUGAUUCAGAUAGAGCUGGCA